UUACAGCAUAUUCUUUCAUUUGAGUUUCUUGGGCUGGCGGCAACCAUGAAAAACGAUCAACCCAAGUUUCUUCCCCUGCGAAAGUGAAAAGGCUUUUAAUUUCUUCUUCCCCUGCGAAAGUGAAAAGGCUCUUUUCAUUACUAAGGUACAAAUAUGAGUUGGAGUUUAAGAACCGAUGGAAUUAAAGAGAAGAAGGUAUAUGGUGAUAAUUCUGACUAUUUCACAAUUGAAAUGGUCUGUGGAGGUCAUCCUGCCACUGUUAACGGCCAAUUCGAGCAUGGAUGUCUUAGAGUUAAUUAUUUUGAUUUCUGUGAAAUGGAUAAGAUGUCAUAUAUGGAGUUGGUGGCCAUGGCAAAGGAAAUUCAGCAUACCGGACUAGUUUGUUUUUAUUGGAAACGUUAUACCCCCAAUGUAGAAGAGUCUCCUUUUUUAUUAAUAGUCGGUGAUGAAGAUGUUUUAGAAAUGUGUAGAAAUCGACCACCUGACAGGCAAGUCACAAUCUACCUUAGUUAUGAACUAAUGCCAAUGUUGGAUCAUACUAUGGUCACAUAUAGUGCUCCAUCUGAUGAACAACUCUUGAAACAAGUUAAAGGGUAUCGAAAUGCUGAAACAAGUAGCGAGACAGACAGUGAUAGUGAAAGUGGUUUUUAUGAUUCUGGGUAUGACCUAGAUGAUGUUGAAGAUGAUAAACUUUUUGAACAAAGUGUCCAUUCCAAUUUUGAGGAAGAUGGUAGAGAGGCUAAUAUAGGUUUUAAUAGUAGGGAAAUCACUGUUGAAGACACUCUAAAUGCUGAUAUUAGAGAUGAUGAAGAAUUUGAUGAAGUAAAUUUAUCUGAUGAUUUAUAUAGUAUGCAUGAAGAUGAUAACGGGGAAGAAGUUGAGAAACCUGAAAAGGUAUGACCUGAAUUUAAUUCCAUCAGUGAUAUUGAUGAUCCAAUUUUUUGUGUUGGCAUGUUGUUUUCUUCCAAGCAAGUUCUCAAAAGUGCUAUAAAAAAUGUUGCUAUUAAGGAUAGGGUGCAGAUUAAGUUCCAAAAAAAUGAUAAGGUUAGACUUAGGGUUGUAUGUAAGCCUGGAUGUGAGUGGAUGCUCUAUGGCAGUAAGUUCAAAGUUCAAGAAAAUGAUACAACUUUUCAAAUUAAGACAUUUAUUUCUACACACAGUUGUUGUAAGGAAUAUGGUAAUAGAAACAUGGAUUAUAAGUGGUUGGCAGAUAAAUAUUUACAUUGUUUCUUAGCUGAUCCCACAUUAUCAAUUCCAUCAUUUGCUCACUUGGUAUACAAAGAUUUUGUUAUCAAUGUCCCUCCAAUGAAGCUUUGGAGAGCUAAGAACUUCGCACUUCAGAAGCUACAAGGUACUUAUGAUAAUCAAUACUCAAGCAUCGGUAAGUAUGCUGUUGAGUUAAAAAGGGUUGAUCCGAGGAAUAAUGUUUUAUGUAAGCUGGAUUUGAGGAUUUUUCAGAGAUUAUUUGUUGCAUUAGGACCUUGUUUAGAAGGAAUGAAAUUAUGUAGGCCCUUAAUUGGUUUGGAUGGAACUUUCCUAAAAGGUAAGUAUGGGGGGCAAUUACUAGCAGCAGUGGGUUUGGAUGCAAACAAUUGCAUAUUUCCUAUAGCGUUUUCUGUUGUAGAAAUCGAGAAUACAGAAACUUGGACGUGGUUUAUCAAUCUGAUCAAAGAGCAUCUUCAGAUGGAGAAUCCCUAUAACUGGACAUGGAUGUCUGAUAGGCAAAAGGUAUAAUGUAAUUUUAUAUUUUAUUCAAGCUUUAAGUUAAUUCUAUAUUUUAGCAUGAUAUCUGUUUUUCUGCAACAGGGACUAAUUACAUCAUUGAUGGAGCUUUUUAAUGAGUCCAAGCAUAUGCAUUGUGUGAGGCAUAUGCACAAUAACAUGAAGACGGCUGGUCAUAGCAGUAAGGGAUUGAAAGAUCUUGUAUGGUCUGCUGCAAAGGCAAGCAAUAUGGCUGAGUUCAGUAAAGUGAUGAAAGAGAUUUAUGAAAAGUACCCUACGGCUCAUGAUUGGUUGCGGGAGAAGCCACCCCAGCAAUGGUCAAGAUCACACUUCAGUACCAAUUCAAAGUGUGACAUUCUGCUCAAUAAUAUAUGUGAAAGUUUCAACCGCUACAUUUUGGAUUUGCGUGACAAGCCUAUUCUUACUAUGGUAGAAAGUAUACGCUCCAGAUUAAUGAGACGGUUCUUUGUUAAACGGACACUUGCACAUAAAUAUAAGGGACCCCUUUGUCCAAGGAUACAAAAAAGAUUGGACAUGAACAAAGAGUUAUCUAGCAAGUAGUGGCCCGAGCCUUCUUCAUGCAAGCAGUUCCAAGUUAGAAGCAUUGGAAACCAGUAUAUAGUUGAUUUGCAAUAUCACACAUGUAGCUGCAGAAAUUGGGAUCUCUCUGGAAUACCGUGCCCUCAUGCCAUUGCGUGUAUCUUUUACAACAAAGAUAAAGCUGAGCGGUAUGUCAAUGCAUGCUAUCAGGUGGAGACACAAAAAAAGAUAUAUGAACAAGUUAUCAUGCCUAUUAAUGGUGAGUUACAGUGGCCAGAUUCAAAUUUUAAGCCAAGACCGCCUCAGAUUCAAAAGAAACAACCUGGUAGACCCAAGACUAAAAGAAAGAAAGAAGCGGAUGAAGUAAGUACAAACACUGCAGCAACUAAGUUGAGGAAAAAGGGUGUCGCGAUGACAUGUCGUAAAUGUGGUGAAAAAGGUCAUAAUAUUAGGACAUGCAAGAAAGAAUAAUUGUAGUUAUCUAAGUAAUUUUUUGAUGUAUCAUGUGCUACUUUGAAGUUUUUCUGGUGGAAUGUGCUAAUUUGCAGCAACUAAGUUGGCCAAAAAAUGUCUUUCUUUUGCCAAUCAAGUUUGUGUCUGGUGGAAUAUUUGUAUUGUACACGGUACCCUGCAGGCUGCAACUUUGCAACUUUGAAGUUUUGUCAUUUUUUAUGGUUAAGAUGUGUCUUAAUUGAGAUGCAAAUAUUGAGAUGGUCUUAAUUGUGAUAGUGCUUUCCUGAGC